ACCGGUGCAGCCCUGUCACGCCCACAGCGCCCCCUUUCGGCCCGGACGGCCCACCACGCCCCGGCGCCUGUGAAAGGGUACCAUGUCAGCCGUAGCAUGUCCCAGCAUUCCUCGGGCGGAGGAGGCCCCUGCCACUGCACACCUGAGGACUGUGACGGCCCAGGCAGAGACUACUACAAGGGUCACAGUGAUGGCCACUAUUACCCUACAGGAGGUCCUGCUGAGGCCCUGGCGCUUGAGAGGCACCAUUCCCACUCCCAUAGCCAUUCUGGAGGGGGAACCUUCCCCCGCUCCCACCCCAGCCAGCACCCACCUCUCCAGUCGUUUGACUCUUGCGAGGAGUGCCUGUCCUCAGGCCACGGAGGGAAGAUGCAUCGCAUUCCUCCGAACCUGAUUGACCAGUUUGAGAAGCAGGUGCCCUUUCAUCCUGAUGGCUUCCACACACUACAGUACCAGCGCACCACUAGUGGGGGUGCUGAGCCACGCAGCGAGAGCCCCUCACGUAUCCGCCACCUGGUCAACUCUGUGCAGCGCCUCUUUGCCAAGUCCCAUUCCCUGGAGGCACCAUCCAAACGGGAGUACAACGGCACAAGGGGAGGUGGGGACUACCGUGGCGAGAGAGGAGGAGGAGGCCACAGGAGUGGAGGGGAGGACGGCGGCAGCCACUACUCAGGCCACCAGCCUCGCUCUACCAGGAGGAGCAAGUCUCGAGAGCGAAGCAAGAGUGGAGACUCACGGCACGAGUCGGGCAGACGCCACCGCAGCAGGACAGCAGGCUGGUGGAGCUCUGACGAUAACCUGGACAGCGACAGCAGCUUCCUGGUCAGCGGGGGCAGAAGGGGGUAUCCCAGUGGACACGAGAGCCUGGAUGCAGCCAUCCAAGAGCUCACCAUGAAGAGGCCCAAGGAGCGUGGUGGGCCGGGGCCUGCGGAGUGCAUGGCCUGUACCACAAUGGCCCUGGCCGGGGGUGAAGGUGGCGGACACCAUGGGCACCACGGCCACUCUCUGAAAAGGAGCACGUGGUCGGCCAUGACAGUGAGUCAGGCCAGGGAGGUGUACCCCUCCACCAGGGGAGGAGGCUACGAUAAAGCCCUUGUGCCUGUGGAGAGUAAGCUAAAGGAGAGGACCUUCCACUACCUACAGGUCCCGUCAGAAGACUGGGGAGGUGGAUAUUGCGGUGGCGGUGCAGCCGACAGCGGAGGGGAGAUUCCAUGCCGUCGCAUGCGGAGCGGCAGCUACAUCAAGGCCAUGGGCGACGAUGACAGUGCUGACUCAGACACCAGCCCAAAAGCCUCGCCUAAGUCCACCCUGAUUGCCCAGAGGGAUGCCUUUAGACGAUCUAUCAGCAUGGAUCAAAGGUACUCAUGUAAGCAGUGUACAGACUCCUACCCCAACAGCCGAACUACACCUAAACCCCAAGCCCGCACUCGUAGUUACACCCGCUCUCUGACCAGCUCACAGCUGGGAGACUCGUUGAACCGUCAGUUUGAGGCGGUGUGUGAGACCAUGUUCGGUGAGGUGGAGUCUCAAGCUGUCGAGGCCCUGGAUCUUCCAGGUGUGUUUCGCACCCGCAGCCACAGCUACGUCCGCGCCAUCCAGGCUGGCUGCUCCCAGGACGACGACUGCCUCUCUGUCUUCUCCAUGUCGGGCCCCCAGGGAAGCAUCAAGGGCGGGGCUGUCUUUCCUUAUCGUAAAGGUGCUCCUCCCCCACUCCCACCUCGCAUGUCCAAGUCUUCGCUCUCGGUGCGAGCCCAGAGCAGCACAGAGUCAACCCAGGAUGCCUACUUCCAGAGCAGCGGACAGCUGGCCUCAAGCUCGGGCCCUGGGCGCACCAAGAUGCACAGCAACUCUGUGGACCUGGGCAGUUCCGAUGGCCCCUCUGGUCGCUCCUCCAGAGGAGGCUACUACACCGCCACGGGACCUGGACGUUCUCGACAGCACAGUAACUCGGCAGAGAGCCUAGAUGGAGUCAGAGGUUCAAGGGAGCUGGUGCCCUACGGAGGUGGCCCGGGAGUCGGGGUGAGGGCCAAACACAGCAGCUCGGCUGACAGUCUGCUGGAGGGGCCACCAAGGCCGGCAAGAGAGAGAGACGGCAGGGUUGGGGGCAGCCUGGGGAAGUCAGCCUCUCUGCCUCAGAACAGCAUAGUGCUGAGUAAAGCUGGGGGGCAGGACGAUGGACGCGGUGGAAGAAAGUGGAGGCCAUCCAUAGCUGUGCAGGUGGACAGCUCAGAGACUCUGUCAGAUUCAGACGCAGAGGGCAAAGGACUUACAGAGGUCCACUCUAUAGGCGUCCAAGUGGAAGAUGACAAAAGGCGGGCUCGUUUCAAGCGCUCCAACAGCGUGACAGCGAGCGUGCAGGCAGACCUGGACCCUGAGGGCUUCCAGGGGCUCAGCAUCGCCGUGCCAACACAGGACAAGAGUCUCCAGUUUGGAUGUUCCUUCCAAAGGCACUCGUCAGAGCCAGAGUCAGCCAGCCAGUUUACAGAGUGCCACCGCACCGUCCACACACAGGGACAAUGGGCCUACAGAGAGGACAUGAUCCAGAGUGGCUAUACCACUGAGGCCUGCCCAGCAGACCCACGGCCACACCAGCACCCACACUUGCCUCCACGUUCCCACUCACCUCUGCCCAUCACCUCUGAGAGAGCCUGGGCAGGGACACCGUCCCUGGAGGGCCCCCGGAGCCUGCCCGACUCGGGCCGAGCCUCACCCUGCAUGAGAGAUGGAGAGUUCUUCUUACGUCUCCUGCAAACGGAGGUGGAGAGGAUGGAGGGCUGGUGCCAGAACAUGGAAACAGAGGCAGAGGAGAACGAACUGCCAGAGGAGAUUCUUGAGCUGAUUCGAAAUGCAGUUGGCAGUGCCCAGAUGCUCAUGUCUCAGAAAGUCCAGCAGUUCUUCCGCCUCUGCCAGCAAAGUGUGGACCCAUCAGCAUACCCCCAGCCCACCUCUCAGGACCUGGCAGGCUUUUGGGACCUGCUCCAACUCAACAUAGAGGACGUCAGGGUCAGGUUUCAGGACCUCCAGAGGCUCAAGGAUUCUAAUUGGAGGCUCCCACCUGAAAAGAAGGAGGAUAAGAAGCUCCCUCCUCCCUUACCAAAGAAGCCAGCAGGUGGGGUGAGUGGCAGCCUCCGGGCCGAUAGUGUCGGGGAUGGGGGCGCUGGAGGUGGGUCGGGGGGCCUGGUGGUGCCUCGCAUUGGGGGACAUACCUUACCCAUCAGGGAGAAGUCCCUGGACCUCGGGGACCGUCAGAGGACAGAAGCGAGGAGGAGGCUGUUGCAGACCAAGCGCACUGCCUCCUUCAGGCAGAACUCGGCCACAGAGAGCGCAGACAGCAUCGAGAUCUACAUCCCCGAAGCCCAGACUCGACUCUGAGCACAAGCCUGAGCUGUUUCCCACUCACCCUCCUCACUUACCCUCACCCCAGCAAAGCUGACGUGCGUACCAAUCUCAGUCUUUCUCUGAGCCCAGUUUGGGAUCUUCUGCGGGUCACUGCUGUUUAUCCGCUACCCUCCCUUCCAGCAUUUCCAUCACUUCACUUUCCACGACUUCAAAAUCACUUGUCUUUGCAUUAUACAAGCAAUGACAGUCAUUUUAGUGUCUUGAAAUUUUACUGAUACAGAGGCCUGAAAUGGUAGCUAGCAGAUAUGAGUUGUAGACUUUUUUAAAUAAUUCUCUGAAUUUCUUUUUUGGCUGACAACAAACAAGAAAAAGUCACACUUUUAUAACAGUAGUAGUCAGAGGUUCACGCAGUAGUAGCAUGCCUGUGCGUGUUCAUCUAGUGCUUCUCCAUCAUUGAAAAUAAAGGGCUUAACAGGCACAAAACCUCUGUGGAGAUGGGGGAUGACACAUCUUCCUAUGGACCCCCUGUUACCAUCUCCAGAAUGCCAUUUGCAACAGAAAUAACUAAGUUUUAACCACACUCUUCACUGAUGCUACUAGUAUGGAUGAAUAAACAUGGAUUCAUUUCUCACCAUCAGUUUAAAUGCCCUUAAAGUCAGAUGGUUGGCAAUCCCCAAAGAACAUUCUCCAAGCAUACUAAGUUAACUACAGCUGGCUCCUUUCACCCAGGUGCCAUCUGUCCACCAUGGCACCCAGUAAAAGAAUAUGAAACAAUUUUCUGUCUCUUUCCUUCAUUCCUCACGUCCCGCAUUUCCAUCGAGAACCCUCAGCAGUGGGGCUGUUUGAAUGUGCAAGUGCUAUUUGUACAUAGUGUGCACACUCAUAUUUGCCAAAAGGAGCUUUUGCGGUGUAGCAUCGCUGACUUGACUGCCCGAGAGCAUCACCGACAAAAACACAGAGCUGUUUGCUUUUUAUGUAGUCUCUCUGAAGUGGUCAGGGGUGGGGUUGCUGGGAAUUUUAAGGAAAUAUAUUUUGAUGGCUUGUCAGAACUUUACUGAGAAGGCCCCCAUUUCACUGUGAGACUAUAGCACCACCAAGUGGUCAAAUGAGGACCCAAACCAACGACUGUCGACAAGAGCGCUCUUUUCACCUCAGUCAGGAAUAAACAGAUGUCCUGAUGAAACAGCCAUGAAAGAAGAUCAGUUUCUUUAUUACGUUUUUUUCAGAGUGGACUUUCCCAUGAUAUGUUUGCAUAAUUGAGAAGAUAAAAUAGUGGAUCACAAAGUAAAAGGGGGCGGGGGGGAGCUCUUCAGCAGAAUCCACUUGCCGAACUCAAUCCUCUCAAUUUCACACACCACUGAUAAAAGAAGGAAUGUUUUCUCUGAUCGAAAGAAAAUGAAAGAAGUCAUAUUAUUCAAUGUAGCUCCCUCCACACCCCUUCCAAAGAGUCAUCAGAGGAAACCCAUCAGUUGUGAAGUGAUAGAAAAGAGGCAACUUGAUAGUGUUUGGUAAUCAUGUGAGAUUAAGUAUCACCUGUUGACAUUACACUCUGCUAUGUGUUCUUUUCCCUUCCUCUUUAUUUAAUUCUUGAAAUCAUACUAUCUGGUGUUUCCACUAAACAGAAGUGUAGCAUGAUUUUAAAAAUUCAGAGGGGUUCUCAUAUACGCAUUUAUGUCAGAAUAGAUAUUUCUAAAUGAAGUAUUUUGAAUGGAUGGUGCAUAUUGGUUUGUGUGUGUGUGUGUGUGUGUGUGUGUGUAUGAAGGGCUGUUUGUCAUUAGGGACGUGCGAUGAAGCCCAAUGAAUACUACAAAUCCAAAUCAGAUGUUUUAAAGACAAAAAACUAUAAGAAUCUUUUAGCAUGACCUGUUUUUCUUUUGUUUUUUUUCUAACAUUUGGAUGGAAUGUGUUGGCAAAAUGGGAUAUUUUAAUGGGAGAUGUAUAUUUUAUAGUAUAAUCUACAUUUCUAGAUUAGUAGAGACUAUUGAGUACAGUAUUGUGUACAAAAACAGCAUAUAUCAAAUGUGAAAUACUACAGUAUUACUAUGAUAGAUUAUAGCAUUGUGUGAUACUACAGCUGUGUGGCAUAUCCUGACUCAGCACAUGUGAAAAAGAAUUUCAAAUGAUUAUUAUCUUAAGUUUGUGAGUGCUGGGUCAGGUUCACAGGGUAUGACUGGCAAGAGUCUUAAUUGCCAAGUAUGAUCCUCCUUAGGCCUACUGUAUAUCUGUCUGUGGUUCAAACAUAUACUGCUGUAUCCCCUCCCUGUAUAUCCUCUUUAGAACCAACUACAUGUGCCUAACCAGCUAUAUGUGGAGGUUUCCUUUGAACACAGUUUACAGUAUAUUUAUAUAUACAUAUAUAAAUGAAUAUAUAUGUAUUUAUAUAUAUAUAAAGAUAUGUAAAUAUAGAAGUAUACAAUCUGCAGUGAAUAUUGUGAAAGAAAAUGUUUUUAUUGUACUGACAUGCCACCCUUUGUCUCCCUCACUCACUUGCAAUACACACAUAAGACUGGCAGAUUUUGUUGAUGUUAAUACUGCAUGUUUUAUGUCAGCCUCCUUUAAACAAUUUACCAGAAUCUCAUUUUUUCUUGACAAUAGGAAAGCAAAUUUUGUAGCUUAUAAACCGUUUUUGUUUUUGUGAUUGAAAAGACAUUGACAAGAUUUUACAGUGCCGUUAUUUCAAUGAGUCGCUUCUUUGUACAAAUAUUAUAUCCUUGGAGGACAGUGAUACUGGCAACCUUGAAACAGCAAUCAGCAUUUUGAUUUGAAUCAAUUUAACAACCUCCACGUUGAACAAGCUGCCCUGGCGAUGAUAAAAAGGGCUGAAAAUCAGACAUCAUGUUUAAUUCAUUUGCAGCGGUGUGGGUUGCAGAGCAGCCUUUUUAUCCUCUCAUCCUUCUCCUGAUACCCUCAAACUUGACAAGAUCUCAGUGGCGUGUGACACAGGCCUCAUCUAACAAAGCACAAAGACCUGCUUAUACUGUUACUCCACUGUGAAGGCCUCUUGGCUCCACCCUCACAAUCUUCAAACCUACACACAGUGGGAUGGCAAGGUUGGCCUUGAGGGACACCAGGAAUCAAAGAGGCUUUGUUGGAUAUUUAUCAACCGUAGCAACUACUACUUCUCCAAUUCUCGUUGACUUUCUCCUCUAUACUUUUGAUCACACAUUGAGGUGUUAGCCAGCCACCUUGCCUUGAAACAGGUCUCUUGCAAACACACUUUUGGUGGUAUAUGAUUUCCAUUCUUUUUGUUCUGUAUUUUACCCAUCCAUCUUUCCUAUAUCUUCACAGUAUAAAUAGAGGAGCCUCAGCUAAAAAUAGCACGUGGGUGUGUAGUUGUACAAACAUGAUCCGAGCACUCACCAACACACCAGACGGACUACUAUACGAACCCUUUCACCUCUUUCUAGAAGUGCAAAAACCCCUUGUGGACAGCCAGACGGACAAGUCAACUUCGAGUACCUCAGUUUCUAGCAGCAGUGUCUCCAACCCCGACCCAGGCCUCUGUCCUCAGGGGAUUCUCUGACACCACACAACCGACGGACCCUGAAAAUACAGGACCAGAUCAGUCCCGCAGGAAUGUUGUCCAUAUUCUCUGAACGAAAGGGGAGAUCCUUUGAGCCCAGCAUCUCUAGUAGCCAUUCUCUAAGACUAGAGAGCAACAGUGAAAGAAGUGGUCGUUAAGGGAAGAGCUCAAUUGUAGCCACUUUGUGUGUGUGUGUGUGUGCUGUGUACUGUGAACCAGGUGGGGCAGGAGGGAUGCUGUAGUAGCAGAUUUGAGUUUUAGUUAUGCAGACAUUUCUGAGAGGUAGAGCUGCUCUGGAGGGAAAAGCUAAAUCACUAGUUGAGUUAAGCCUCAGUGGGAGUUGAAUAACUAAAGCCAUGGCUGCAGCUUCUUGUUCCAUUACUCCCUGCAAUAUCACAAACUAAUCUUGUGUCAAAAAAAUGGAACAGAAAUGUCUUAUUUUGUUGAUUUUUUGAUGAACAACCAUGUUCACGGCAUGUUUCAGCAGCUGAAUGCUUUUAACGAACUAGCAACAACAGAAUAAUGCUGGAUUACAUACAUGCAUCAUUUGCUGUGAUACUCUUAUACACAGCUAAGCAAUUUCAUUCCACACGGGAAUGGCAGACUCCCCCACUAACAUUGAAAACUACUAUAUAGAAAAGGAGCUACAGAAUGUCAAUAAAUGAAAUGGUUAGUGCUAUAAAAAAUUCCAAUCAUAAACAGUGUCAAAAAAUCUUAUUUAUACUUUGACCAAACCUCCUUAAAACUUAUUUUUCUGUUCUCCUUUCCUUCCCUCUGUCUCCAGAGCAGCUCAAUCCCUAGAAGAUGUUUAACUGAAAUUCCAAUGUGCCUUUAGCACUGAGGCGUAAUUGUGUUUGUAAAUGUGUGUGUUGCUUUACAGUACACACACAUUUAACCAUGUGGGUCAGAGACAACUGAGCAAUUACUGUGUAAUUACAAAAAAAUAACACCCUGCCACCCUCAUGUUUACAGAAAUGUAAAUACCUAUUGCCAAUGGACAUUGCGCUUCUCAAUAUUACAUAUAUUGUUAUUACAAUAUGAUUAUUAUUAGUAUGAUUAUUGUCAUUAAAAGGAUUACUUAUUGCCAUCACUGUCAUUAUUAUAAAUGGUGUUGUCAGCUAUAGCUAUGGGUAAACAUUGUUCUGUAUUCAAGGGCAGGUGUUGUGUACAAUAACAAAUAAAGUAGUUUAAUCUAUGAAGACAAGUCUUAAAUCGCUGCUACUAAGGAGGAGUAGAAGAAAAACAAACUGACAAUAACUCUGGGAAGACAUUUUUCUCUGGGAUCCAUGAUGGACACUCCAACGAGGAGCGAGAGAUCACCAAAGGAGGAAAGUAAGCGACUGAAUGGAAGAUCCAAACAUAAGAUCCUUCUUUCUUCCUGUGCAUUUAUUCCACUCUGAACUCCUAGUUCUGCCAGAGGAGGAAAAUGACAUGUACAUCAAACUGAAAGAGAUUCUACUCUCUCUGUAUUCUACUCUAUAAUGUAGCAAAAACUAAAUAGCCCCUCGUUCUCUACUCUCUCCUCCUAUUUCAUCUGUUUCUGGCAUUUCUCACUUAACACCAUGACUUUUAAUCAGACGGGUUUGAUACAGCGAGCUUUUCUGUCUUCAAGCUCAGCUUUAUUCUUGAGUUCUCUUUUUUUAUAUGUUUAUAUGUUAUUCAGUGCCAAGACAGCAUACUGUACAUAAAUGCUUUUGUUUCUUUUCUCCUAUAAAACGAAUUGACUGGAGCAUAUAGCAAUAUCGAUGCCAUAAGAUAUGAACUCCGUUUCAUAAGGCCACCGGUUGAUACACAAGAUGCAUGAGAACACCACAGUGACCGGGAGAUGCAGCUUGAAUAUGUGCUGGAUGGGCAGUGGAGGGCGUUGCACAGUGAAGUGUAAAUCAUGAUUCCGUUUGUUGUGUUGUGGUUUUCAUUUUGUACAUACAAAUUUAUUUAUUGAUCUUGUAUGUUUUAUGGAUCUAGAUGUGUCAAAGGAGCACGUCUGACAGCGCUGAAGCCCAGAGAGAUGGCACACUGUGACGUGGUUUACCCCAACACAGAAUGUAACACUGUCAACAUUGUCAAAACAUUUUCUAAUGGCUAAUAUUAUUACUAUUAAUAUGAUUAUUAUAAAGCUAUUUUAGCGAGUUAAA